GCCCACACCCGCUAUGAAAUGAACAGCAGGCCUACUCUUCAUGACUCCGGGCCUGCUGUGGAUUGCUUUUAAAAACGAACUCCUCACUAACUUUACCAGCUUUAGGAUUUAGUAUAGUUUCGGCACUACUUUAUGCUUUGAUGAAAGUCUUUGUCACACAAUGAAUACCAUGGAGAACUUGGAGAAGCAGCUGAUUUGUCCCAUAUGCUUGGAAAUAUUUACAAAACCUGUGGUCAUCCUACCCUGCCAGCACAACCUCUGCAGAAAAUGUGCCAAUGAUGUUUUCCAGGCUUCAAACCCAUACCUUCCAACAAGAAGUGGCUCACUGACGUCUGGUGGCCGCUUCCGGUGCCCGUCUUGCAGACAUGAGGUGGUUUUGGACAGGCAUGGUGUCUACGGGCUACAGAGGAACCUGCUUGUUGAGAAUAUUAUUGAUAUGUUCAAGCAGGAGUCAAGCAGCACCAAGCCGGCGCCGGAGAGGAAGGAAGAAACUCCCAUGUGCGAUGUUCACGAGGAAGAAAAGAUCAAUAUUUACUGCGUGACCCACAGUGUGCCCACAUGCUCCAUGUGUAAGGUUUUUGGAGCCCACAAAGACUGUGAGGUGGCACCUAUUAGCAGCAUUUACCAGACAAAGAAGACAGAGCUGAGUGACGGGAUCGCCAUGAUGGUUGGUAGCAACGACAGGAUGCAAGGCAUCAUUAGUCAGCUAGAGGAAGCUUGUCGUGCCAUAGAGGAGAAUGGUCGGAGGCAGAAGACUCUGGUGUGCGAGAAGUUUGACCUACUGUACUCUAUCCUUGAGGUGAAGAAGGGGGAGAUGAGUCAGAAGGUGACGGCUGAACAGGAAGAGAAGGUGAACUACAUCCGAGGCCUGACCAGGAAGUACGGCGACCAUCUGGAGGAGAGUUGUAAGCUCGUGGAGCUGGGAAUCCAGACCAUGGAGGAGCCGGAGAUGGCCCUAUUCCUGCAGAACACAAAGCCUCUCCUCCAAAAGAUUGCAGAAGCAUCCAGUACAGCACACUUGGAUAAAGUUGAGCGUGGCUAUGAGAAUAUGGAUCACUACAGCGUCAACUUCAAGAGAGAGGGCAAGGCCCUGCGCAGCAUCGACUUCAUCCUAGAUGAAGAGGACGAGGAUGACGAGGAUGAGGAUGGCGAGGCAGGUGCUGAGGAAGGAGAAGGGGCCCAGACUGUUUCUGGAGGGAGUACCGUUACAGCCGCCUCCGUCCAACCUCCUCCCCUGCAGCAGAUAAACACCACCCCCAGCGCAGCCAAGAGCCCUGCCUCGACCUAGCUGUCAGCCGCCGGCCCAGACAGCGCCUUAACAAGGAGCAGGAAAAGUGUUGCUCCUAGAUGCUGAUUUGAGGUCAGUUGUGAUACUUUUUCUCCCAGAUUGGGGAACAAUGAGACGGAUUUAGAUCCGUGCCGGAGGGAAAGUGUGAGUUGCUGAGGUAGAUGUAAACGAAGAGACAGAAGUUUCUGUUCACUUCUUUCUCUCUUAUCCUGAUUAAGUUAGCGUGCACCAUCGCAUACUGACUGAUCUUAUAAUUUUUUUUUUCUAAUUAAGUACAUGUCUCGGAUCUUCCUUUUCAUUUUGGACAAACUAAAUCACAGACAGGUUAUGAGGGAGUAUUGGUUGUUUCCAGAACUCAGAUAUGUUCGUACAUUUUUUUUAUGUAGCUGACCUUUUGCAACUCACAGCUUAAACUACAUCAUUAGAGAGCUUGACGAGAGGGGCCUCAGGUUUUCCUCCCUGUCAUAUACUUUAUGACUGAUAUAACUUUAUGAGAACAGGAGCCCGAGCAAUAAACUAUCACGGUGACAUUUCAGAAUUUCAGAAUUUCAGACACGCAACAGCCUGUAUUAUGUGUCAUAUUCUUUGUUGUAUAACACAGGUAUAUUUUCCUAACAAGGACAAAACAUCACAUUUUGCAAUGUUAUGGUGUAUUGUAUACUAUGUCUCAUUAAAACUGGAUUGUACAGACAACCUGUUGUGUUUCUUUGGUUGUUACCAAAAAAACAAACCGAACCACA